AUGUCGACUUUUGGCAACUACUUCAAAGUCACCACCUACGGCGAGUCCCACUGCCUAUCGGUCGGAUGCAUAGUCGAUGGCUGCCCGCCGGGCAUGGCUCUCUCCGAGGCAGAUAUUCAGCCCCAGAUGACGCGACGACGACCAGGACAGAGCGCAAUCACCACGCCGCGUGAUGAGAAGGACAGGGUGGAGAUUCAGUCCGGUACAGAGUUUGGCAUUACGCUAGGCACGCCGAUUGGCAUGCGCGUCAUGAAUGAGAACCAGAGGAAGCAGGACUAUGGGAACAAGACCAUGGACAUCUAUCCAAGACCGAGCCACGCAGAUUGGACGUAUUUGGAGAAGUAUGGGGUAAAGGCUAGUUCGGGCGGGGGAAGGAGCAGUGCGCGCGAAACGAUCGGACGAGUCGCCGCGGGCGCAAUAGCAGAGAAAUACCUCCGCGAAGCCUACGGCGUCGAGAUCGUGGCCUUUACGAACUCAAUAGGCAACGAAUUCCUCUUCCCACCCUCAGCCGAACACCCUACAUGCGCCACAAACCCCGAGUACCUCAAGCUUAUCGAAGUCAUAACGCGUGAGAAAGUCGACGAAUUCCUGCCGGUACGGUGUCCCGACGAUGAAGUCACAAAGCGCAUGGAGAAGCUGGUUGCAGAUUACAAGGAGAAGGAGGACAGCAUCGGCGGCACGGUGACGUGCGUCAUCAGGAAUUGCCCAAGCGGACUAGGCGAGCCGUGCUUCGACAAGUUGGAGGCGACGCUGGGACACGCCAUGCUGAGCAUACCCGCGACGAAGGGCUUCGAGAUUGGCAGCGGAUUUGGAGGCUGCCAGGUGCCCGGCUCAAUUCACAACGACGCCUUCAUCAAAGCGCCGGCUAUCCCCGCGGGUACCGGCCACGCAUCUGUACAACGCCCACGUCUGACAACGAAGACGAACAACUCGGGCGGUAUCCAGGGAGGCAUCUCCAAUGGUGCGCCUAUCUACUUCACGGUUGCGUUCAAGCCCCCGGCAACCAUUGGCCAGGCACAGACAACCGCAACCUACGACACUUCGGAGGGAGUGCUGGAGGCGAAGGGGCGGCACGAUCCGUGUGUGGUGCCCCGUGCGGUGCCCAUUGUAGAGUCCAUGGCGGCGUUGGUGAUGAUGGAUGCGGUGUUGGCACAGCAGGCGAGGUCUGCGGCGAGAAGUCUGCUGCCGGCGCUGAAGGGGGUGGUACCGGUUCAGCAGACGCAGAAUGGAGUCUAG